AUGGACAGUCGAUCGAAUUCGCAUCUCUGUGGUGAAGGGGAGACAAAAACCCACCGAGUCCGCGCGCUGCAGCUCCUCUCUGAGUUUCUUGACCUCGGUGCCUGGGCGGCCUCGCAUUGCAUCACCGUGGGCAUCCUCCCUUACAUUGUGCGCCUCUUCAACUCCAACGUGGCCGAGGUGAAACCGCACCUGGUUUUUAUCUGGGGCAAGAUCAUCAGCGCCGCGCAGAUCGACUUCAGCCGCCACGAGGGUAUCCGCGAGUCGGGUUACAAGUACUUCGUCAAUUGCCUGCGCGAUUCCUCCAGCCUCUCGCCCCUCGUCCGGACAAUAGCCGCCUUCGCGCUGGCCAAGAUGCUGGUGCGUUGCGACGGUGGCGGGGUGCCAGACCCCGUCUUCCAGCAGGCCUACUACACCUCGAAGCCGGUGUCCUUCAUCAAGAUCGCCGCCGACGAGCUGCUCAACGCGACGCCCGACUGCCACCACCUCAAGAUCUGGCUCCUCCUUGCCCUCGGACGUCUGUGGUUUCGUUGCGAUGAGGCGCGGUGGCAUGCGGUGCAGUCGGAGGUAAACAUCAUCGACGACGUUCUCUUCCGCUUCCUCGGCGACCCUUCGCCCGGCGUUCGAGCUGCGGCUGUCUUCGCUCUUGGCAAUCUCAUCGACAAUUACUCCUCCGAACCCGGGCUAAUCCAUGAGGCUGAAAUUCUCAAUCGCGAAGUGGGUGUUCGCCUCGUAGAGAAGACUCUGGAUCCCAGUCCACUGGUGCGCUGUGAAUUAGUCGUGGCAUUGUGCGGUUUCGUGUACCAAUACGAAUCACGCCUGGUGGAGCAGGCUUACUACCACUACCAGGAUGUCCUGCAAAUGCUGCGCACACAGCCGUCGCCUCCGCUGGCACAAGAGGCCUCCUCCGCCCACGCGCAGGGCUCCCCUGUCGCGGCUGCUCAGUUCGGCUCACCGUCGGGGGCAACUUCGCUUUGGCGUGGCGUCGCCGAAUUCGGCAUUUCCCGAUUCAAUCUGAUUCGCUCUCGAAGCCAGCGGGAUCUCCGUCGUGCCGGCAACGGUCUCGCACUGUCUCAACACCAAACUGAUAGUCUUGGCGUGUACGAGGUUUCAGUGUUUGUACAAGGUGAUGACUCCCCAACAGCGUCGAAGAGCAUAUUUGCGCAGUUGUGGGACACCAUUGUCACCCUAGCCAGUGAUCCACACCCCUCUGUGGCGAAGUUGGCCAAUAUCAUCCUGGUUUACAUUAUUCAGAAACUCAUUCGGAAGGUGAGUCAUCGUAAAUUCCUUGUUUUCACUGCUGCCCCACAACCUCCACCAGCCCCUCUGGUUAGCGGCCUGUUGCUGAUUGCUAUGGCAACCACAGGUGUCCAUUGCACUUCUAGCCCAUGCGAAGCCGUGUUCGUUCGAGUCAUUCGCUUCCGUUGUACGGUGCAAGGAUUUGAAAUUCCGCCUGAUUUUUGA